CCACCAUUGAAUGUAGAGGAACAGGCCGCGAACCGACGAAAGCGAAGACGGCGCGAGGAGCGCGAGAAGUUCAAGAAGAAUACGAACUUUCCCUUGUUCCAGGGCUACACGGGAGAGCAGCUGCGGCAAAUGCACCCGACGGAUCUGGAGCGCGAAUUCAGGCUGUCCUCGAAGCAAAAACUGGAGGAGCGGAAAGCCUCGAGGCUGGAGCAUAUUCAGCAAGACGGACGGGAUAAAGGGCUCAACCUGGAGCUCGACGCGGACUCACGCUACGAGCAGAGAUCCUCACCUGCGCGAAGUCGAGACACUGACGAGGACUUACUUCCAGGCGGUACAUCGGCACGCUCAAGGAGGAGCGGCAGUCGCGGAAGGGGAAGCUCGCGCUUUAGUUCGCGAAACAGCGACUCCUCUUUUGGCGGCGGCUUUACCACCGACGCCACGUCGGCCGCCAGCGGCCGCGAAAAUCGCUCCCGGUCUCUCUCGCGACACCGGGAGAACCGUCGACGUGAGAUCCGCGUGCGGCGUUGGCGUGACGAGUGCGAGCGAAGGCGACUGCUCGACGACACCAUGGGCGCACUGACGAAACGCGAUAUCAAGUACGAUUUCCGCCGCCGCGUGAAGAAGGUGCGUCGGCGAGUGAUGCGGGAGUACAUCCAGAAUCGCAACCAGCAAGAAGCCCAGGGAAAGAUGCCGUUUCAUCCCGCCGCUCGCAGCGGCGGUCCAGAAGCUGCGCUCGGGGCAGCAGAUAGUCUCUUGGCACGUGGUGGGGCGUCGAACGGCCUACACGCGGCAGACGCGGCUAUAGAGGAAUCGGAAUUUCUGGAGUCGAUCGUGACCAGUUUUCCCUACGGUUAUCGAGAAGAAAUCUUCAAGUGGCUGGGCCGUUUGUUCAAAAGCAUUGUGGCUGUCGACGCCAAGACAAAGAUUUCAGGUGGUACCAUUUCGCCAUCGCAACUACCAGGAGGUUCGAACCCAUCCGAAGACGGAGCUGUUCCAGCUGCUAGUGCUCCUUUCUCGUCGGGUGCCGCAGCGGCAGUCGGAGAUGCGCAACCGCCGCCUGCGAAAGCAAAAGCGAGUCCAAAGGUCCUUGCGAUUAAGGAAGAGCAAAAGCGCCUCUUUCGACUGAUCGACGACUAUUUUCUGCCGCACACUGAGGAGGACGACGAGAUGACCGUCGACAAAAGCAGUGAUAUCGUCAUACCGCAGGCACCAGUUGCCGACCUCAAUCGCUGCUUCAGUGACGAGAAAAAACGCAAAGCGUUCGCGCGAAUGCUGCACACUCAUCGCAUGGUUAUGCAGCCACCACGCUGGAAGGGCUUUGGCCUGCCCAUCUACGGUUCGCCGGAGUUCUACCAGCUCGCGCCUCCACCGGAUCCGCCGCAGGAAACGCUCGUGUCCCUGCAAGACGCACGGGAGUUUGAGAAGCGUGGCUUUGCUGUAAUGCGGGAGCGCAUGGGCAAGGGCGCAACGCGUUAUGACGAACAGAAAGUGAAUCAGGCUUACGGGCGUGACGUACAAACCAGAAGCAAAGACGAUAUUGCCUACUGGGCGCGUCGCGGCAUCAACAGCGCAGCGUGGCACGCAGAGGGAAAUCUUCUGAGCAGCGUUCACUACAUCGACUUCCUGUGGACAGUGCUUGAGCGGCAAAGCAUGACUCUGCGCCAAAAGAAAGAAUUUAUCAGACUCAUCGCGGCCCAACGCGCCGAGGCCCGCGAAGCCCGCGAAAGGGCACCUCUUGUCAGAGACGAGGACUUGUUGCCGACCCGCGACAUGCUGUUGGUGCAGCCAAAAACGAAGUUAAGACUCGUCUGGUUGAUCUGUAUGAUAGCUAUAACAGAUCUUGAUCUUGAACUUGAUGUUGCAGCAUUUUGCAGUCGUAGAACGUGACAUGAUCAAAGUGGAAGAUCUAGUCGAGUUUCAUACUCAUCUCGAUUUUUGAGGGCUACAAUUUCAAUUUGUUGUUCUUGUAGCUGUUAUAGCUCUUGCUACUUCUAGUUUGUGAACAGCUUUAAGGAUGAUGAAAGAAGCCGCCGCAGGAGACGGCCAGGAGGGCGGGGUGGAGACGACCCGCCAAGCAAUCGAC